AUGGCCGCUGGAGUAGCACACUUACACAGGCACGGCAUACUCCACGGUGAUAACAAACCUGCCAACAUUCUCAUCACCAAGCAGAACGUGGUCAAGUUGGCUGACCUAGGAGAAGUGAGAUACAUGGCCAACAUAUCUGCCAUGAGUCAGUUCAAUUAA